ACAUAAACCUUGGCAUUUUCCCUUCCGAGGUUUGAACGUGGGGAGUGAUUCUCUGCAGUGUAGAUAUUACUAUAACCGUCCGAUAUGACGCCGGAGCAGAUCGAAACCAUGGAUGCAGAGGCCCUCCGUAUCGAGGAUGAAUGCAACUUGCAAGAUCGCUUCAUUAGGUUGAGUGGUGUAUUUUCAAUCAGCAGCCGCUCACAGCCCUUCUAAAUCGCCUUCUUCACAUGUAUUUGUCUCUCUUUCAAUAGAAGCAUUCUGGAACAGUUACAUUCUGUUUGUGUUUUGAAGAUCGCGACGGAUUGGAUCAACCACGCAAACUGAGGCUUUUUUUUUUUUUUUUUUUUUUUGUUUUUGGUAUGCGAAGUAGGAGUUGUCGGUGCCCUGAGUGAUGACUCUGCCAGAUCCGAUCACCCUAGCAGAUGAGUUUAUGUGUUGGAUUUUCGUUUUAGGUCACGUUCUCGUUGUGAUGGGGCUUCGUGGCUGUGGCUGCAGGGUAGAUUGAGACAAAUAUAAUUUUAUUUGAUUAUUCAAUUGAACCAGGGGUUCGAGGAAGACCGGUUGAUUCCAAUCUGGAUGCUUGUUUUGGUAGGUUUAGUUACAGCAACUGUUCGAUGAAACCAGUGGAGUAUUAUCGGAAUUUCCAAUGGGAUUAGAUCAAACAAUUGGGGGAGUGUUGUCGACCACCAAUUCCUUGUUAACAGCAAGUAGACCGGGGAAGGAGAUUCAAAGGGUUGUAGGGUGACUUCAACUGACCGCGCAGCGAGGCAGGGAUGUAAAAUAAUGGUGGGAAAUGGAGGGGAGAUAGGGCAAUACUUUUCGCGAAGGCUGCAGACUAGUGGGGUUAACAGCCCACGAAGGAUUUCUCGUGCCUUGGAUUCUGACUCGUUCAUGGAGCUUCCGAAGCUGCCGAAGCCCUUGCAGAGAGGUUCAUCCUUUAAAGCACCUUCCCCAAUCAGAUAUCAAAACCCGCACUACUUGAAUGUACCCAACCGAUCUCCGUGCCAGAGAAACCUGUGGGUGACCCUUCUACUGUGUCUGAGCUCUCUCCUUUGUCUCUCUUGGUUCUUGCUCCGAAGGGGCCAGUACGAGACUCAAAGCUCCCACAACGAACAUCACAAGGGUUUUGGUGUUGUUGUUGGCAUCAGUAGUCGAGAGGCGAAGAUCGAUGUGUUUGAGUAUGCAGUUACUGAAACAUUAGCUGUUGAAGUCUUAGGUAGUAAAUCCAGUUUUGUCGCCUCGAGCAAUAAUGGUUUUAAUAGCUCAUCUUACGAUGCAUCAGCUCUAGUCUUUGAUCAUCUUGAGUAUGCGAGGCGGUACAUACCACAGGGGGAAAGAUCCCGAACCAGAGUUUAUAUUCUCGGUAGCGGAGGAUUGGAAGGACCCAGUGGAUGGAUACGGAAGUUGCCGAAGCUACUUGAGGAGUGUCGAAAAAUUAUUCAUGGAUCGGAUUUUCAAUUUCGUGAUGAUUGGGCUACAGUGAUCGAUGGCAGAGAUGAAGGAGUGUACGAAUGGGUGGCAGCUAAUUAUGCUCAUGGCAUGCUACAAAACGACCCCUCAGACACAAUUGGUGUCCUCACUUUAGGCGAUCAAUCAGCACAGGUGACUUUUGUUUCGAACGUAGUACCCCUUCCUACGGACCUUUACAAGAUUGAGCUCCAGGGGACAACGCAUUACCUUUAUUCUCAUGGCUUUGCGAAACUGGGCCUGGAAGCGGCAUCAGAGGACUUGCUGAAUCUCAUGCAAUCAAGAAACGUUAGUGGGGAUGUGGGUGACACAUGCACUCCACGAGGAUACGUAAUACCGAAGCAUAAUCGGACCGAGGCAUCUGUGGCUGCAGAACGCACCGGUACCGAAGGCACUACAGAGGGCAUUGCUACCGAAAUAAAAGUUCGUCCUGUUCUGGCUACUGGCAACUUCACUGCUUGCCGAGCUGAGUCACUUAGGCUGCUCCAAAUGGGGCAAGGAAUCACUCUUGUUCCUGAGUUUCGUGGGAAUUUUAUAGCGACUAGGAAAUUUUACCAGACAUCAAAGUAUUUUAGCUUGCCUGCUACGGCAACAAUAGCAGACCUUGUAUCUGCUGGGGAGAAAUACUGUAACCAGGAGUGGGGUGUAGGUGUUUCCAAAGACCCCUACCCAGAGUACAAGGCUGUGCAGAAGCCUUGCUUCUCAGCUGCCUAUAUCGUGGCAUUUUUACACGACAGUUUAGGUCUUCCACUCUCCGAUAACAAGGUGAUGUUUACCGAUGCAGUCAACAGUGUGCCAGUGCAGUUCGGCCUCGGAUUCUUCACAUCCAAACUUUUAGAGGAAAAUUUUGUGUUUUCCUCACCUGUAGUUAAGAAUGGGGAGCUUUUCGGUAACCUGGUCUUAUUUCUGGGGCUAUUAGCUUUCUGUGGUGUGUUGUUGUGGUUUGUAGCAAGAUGGCGAAGGCCACAGCUAAAAACCAUCUAUGAUUUAGAGAAAGGUAGGUACAUAACGACUGCUGGUCGUGGUCGGUGAUUGAUUUCCGAGUUGCUGCAUUUUAUUCGCUUUUUGAUCUUCUUGAUCAUCUUGAUCGUCUAUAUUUCCAUUAACUACUCAUGCUUUGCACUUCUCUUA